GGAGCUGGGAUGGUCCGCGAAAAUGUUGGAUCAUCGACCAUGGACGAUGAUUGACAACCGGCUGAUGUUCACGCAAACGGGACGCUUGCAGAGUUUGCAAUGGCUACUACAAGAGUCGUUCCUGGCUGCUCUUGGAGCAACGAACCCCAGGGACCACGUGUACCCACUUUUGCUACUGGCAAGAGAUAGAGCAGAGUUCGGGAUUGAAGUUGACUACAACAUUGCUUAUCAAGAACUAUACAUCAAGCUCGCAAAAAAGUACCUCAAGGGCGGCGAGCUCUGGUUCUUGCCAUACUGCGAAAAUGAUCCCAACGACCGGUCAUUGCCAUCCUGGGUCCCCGACUGGAGCAAAACUCGCGGCCUAAAGCCCCUCCCACCAGCCCCAAGCUGUGCUUCAAAUGGUACGAAAGUUAACUGUACAUUCCCCUUCAUGGACCAAAUUCUUGGUCGGCACCGCAUCCAUCUGUCGGGCAGGGUGGUUGAUACCAUCAAAUGGAAAUCUUCCUUCCGUCCAAAUAUUUCCAUCGAAGACUUUGAAGCUCACAGAGAUACUGUCCUCAAUUGGAUGCGCGCUACCUAUCAAGACCUUCUUCAAUGCCCAGCUAUUUUGAAAGACAAGGAACUCAAAUUGAAGGCUCAUAUGAAUGCAUGCUGGACCUUCCUAGGGAACAACAUCGCCUUGCCUGAAGAAGAUCUACGCAUGCCUGAGGAGGAUAUCGAUGCUGCACUUGACGAAGCUUUCCGAUUUCUCUUGAGCGGCGUUCGUCGUGGGGGCAAUGUCACGUCUAGCGAACAGUUGCAACGAUCACUGAAACGUGAACGACGUGCAGAUACAUUUUGUCACUGUAUGAUGGGGGUUACGAACGGGCGGAUACUGUUCUACACUGAGAAUGGGUACUUCGGGGUUGGCGAACAGCAUCUAGGCGUUGGGGAUAAAGUGGUUGUAUUUUCUGGCUCGCCUUCACCGACUGCGAUCAGGGAAAUGGGGAAUAGGAGCAGUAGGAUUGUGAGCAACCUUCUGAUACCGCAUUCUAUGCUUGAGGAGUUCUUCAAGAAGAAGAAGAAGAUCGACACGAUUACGAUUGAAUGAUGAUGUAUGGAUAGGGGGAUUACAAGUUAUUCCAGACCAAGUACGGACAGUGCCAUCGAGGCAUGUUGAGCAGUUAG